AUGAAGAACCCGAAGGUUUUCUUUGACAUAUUGAUUGGAAAGGCAAAAGCAGGGCGAGUUGUGAUGGAAUUGUUUGCCGAUACAACUCCCAAAACUGCUGAAAACUUCCGAGCCCUGUGCACGGGAGAGAAAGGGAUUGGGGCUUCUGGGAAGCCAUUGCAUUACAAGGGUUCGAUAUUUCAUCGUGUUAUCCCAAAUUUCAUGUGUCAAGGUGGAGACUUCACAAGGGGUAAUGGAACCGGUGGAGAAUCCAUUUAUGGAGCAAAAUUCUCAGACGAGAAUUUCGAGCUAAGGCAUACAGAACCUGGUCUGUUAUCAAUGGCAAAUUCUGGGCCCAAUACUAAUGGAUCACAAUUCUUUAUCACGACUGUGAAGACACCGUGGCUUGAUGGUAAACAUGUAGUGUUUGGGAAGGUUGUGGAUGGCUACAAUGUGGUUAAGGAGAUGGAGAAUGUAGGUUCCAAUAGUGGAACUACCAAAUCGACUGUUGUGAUUGAGGAUUGUGGUGAGAUAACGGAGAAAUAA